AUGCUGAGGCGCUGGAGCAUGAAGGUGGCCGCCCUUGGGUCUCUUAGUGGUGUCAACGAGUCUGGAACCCAGUUCUUUGAGCAAAUGUGUGCACGGGGAGCAGUGUGCGUGCCACGGGUGUUGGUUGUGGCACUGGUUGUGAUACUGGCCGCUCCAGCCUCCAGCCAGAAUCUGUUGAAUAUACUGGCUCAUAUUGUACGGGAUCUACCAGCGCUAGGACAAGCCAUCAGUACGCCGCUUCAUUCAAAGUCUACGUCUGCACACUUCCGCCAACAAACUAUAAAUUCUAAAGGAGACGAGGUUGCAGAGCGUUACUGUUUCGGGGAGUUGGGAUGCCUGGAGACAGGCAGCGACUUCUAUCACCCAAAAUACCGGCCACUCAAUCUCCAACCGGAGUCGAGAGAGACCAUCAACGUCCUCUUUACUAUCUACUCUAGGCAGGACCUGCUGGGUGUAGUGGUGUCCGCCCAAGAUGUCCAACAGGUCCUUAAAUCUUCCUUUAGGCCCAACAGAAAGACGAAAAUCAUCAUCCAUGGGUAUCUCAAUGGUCGGGACAUGCCUUGGUUGACGGACAUCGCAUCUGCCUUUCUUCGCACCGGCGACUACAACGUGAUAAUGGUGGACUGGACGGAUGGUUCUCUGGGGUUGUAUGGACAGACUGUGGCCAAUGCCCGGGUGGCGGGACUCGAGGUGGCCCACUUGAUCACAUGGCUCAGGGACAACACGGGACAUCGACCUCAAGAUGUGCACAUCAUCGGUCACUCUCUCGGCGCUCACGUUUCUGGGUACACGGGGGAGCGAGUGCCCAAACUGGGAAGGAUCUCAGGACUGGACCCAGCGGAACCCUACUUCCAGUACAUGCCUUCCAGCGUCCGUCUGGACCCCACUGACGCUCUCUUCGUCGACGUUAUCCACACCGAUGGAGCACCUUUCUCCUUAGAUGGUGGGUACGGACUGAAGGAGCCAGCUGGUCACCUUGACUUCUAUCCCAACGGCGGCCAGAACCAGACAGGCUGUGAAACGCCUCUAGCAGCGCCCAUCAGGUGGUUCAUAAAUGGCAAAAAUUUCACCAGAGCAUGGAAUGUUGUGGAGGACGCUCUCGGGUGUAACCAUUUACGAGCUGCGUUCCUCUUCCGUGACUCCAUAGACUCUCAGUGCCCCUACAUCGCCUUCAGCUGCCACUCCUACCAGCAGUACCGACAAGGUAAAUGCUUCAGUUGUGGUGAGGAUGGCACCAGGUGUGCCAGCAUGGGAUUUUACGCAGACACCUGGCCAGGCAGAGGACAAGUUGGCCUCAAGUUUUACCUCACCACUGGCCCGGUAGAGAAUCUCUGCUUGUACCACUUCCGGCUGAGGCUGCAGCUUGGGGCAGGGCCCGGGACAACUAUGGCUGGACAACUGAGCAUCACCUUCUUCACCAACAAUGGACACACCAUAAAGUUUGAUCUCCUGACUACUACAAUUCCCCAAAGACUGGAGCACGGUAAGAGGUACACAUUCUUGGUGGAACACGGGGAAGACCUGAGCAAGAUCCAGUACGCCCACUUCACUUGGAUCAUCGAUGGAAGCUCAUAUAUCCCCGCUUCUGAUGGCCCACUUCCACUCUCCAGCGUCUCCAUAUUCAACAUUGAAAAAUCUGUUCAAAGAGAGCGGAGUGGUGGGCCGCUGCUGGGGUCUGAGGAGGUCGUGUUGUGCCCUGGUGGUAAACAGAACGACGUCCUGGUAGGAAGUGGUGAAACCGUCCAGCUGCUGACUUCACCCACCUGCUUCUCCGCUUGACAACAUCCAGCUGGCCUUACUCAGAUAAUAACAGAAGUACAUGUAAUGUCCUGAGCAAUAAGUCACAGUACUAAGGUUCGUACAGUUCACAAGUAACUACAGUACCAUAGUUGGAACAGUUCACAAUUAACUCAAAUUACAGGAGAAACUGGAAGAUUAUGUAUACUGCUCUUAAUCUUAUUGUUAGUGCUUUGGGAUCUACAUCAGCAAACUACGUCAAACCAACCCAUAGUUACCCAACAGACAUCAGUUGUUAGAAUAAUCACCCAAUUAGGUUUCAAACAACAUACACAUCCUACUAUUCAGCCUUAAUUUACUCGGCUUGCAACAAAUCAGCACCUGUGCUUUUUAUACAGAGAGGAUACUCGGAACUAAUUUCAACCCAGCGCUACGACUCUUCCUAGAGAGCUGCAACAAAACAUGUGCAACAAACUAAUAUCUCUUUAAUAUACCAUGUGUAUGACUCUACCUGUAUAGGAACUCCUUGCAGAUAAAGAGCCUUUAAAUGUAGAAUUCUCGUCCAGGUGCAAGAAAUUCUGCCAUGUCCUUGAAAAAUAGUUAAGCGUAUCUCCCAAAUCUGACCUAAACAUUGAUUAAAUUAAUUAAAACCCAGGUUAGCAAUAGUAAUUCAGUUGGUACAAAUGUUUGCAUAUAUCCUGAUCUCACUUGAUCUCAUUUAUCACCAAAAUAUUUCGUUAUAUGAAAUAACCAAAUGUAUAUUCUACCAGUACUUCACAAAUUGCUGCAUAAUCUCAAUGUUUUAAAUCAUAAACUUUAUGUAGUGUCAAAAACAUUAAUACUUGCAAUCUAAUUAAAGUAACUUAACUGAUUGUUAAAGUUAAGACUUCCUGAAUUGAUCAAUUUAAUGUAGUUUACAUAAGUCAGCCAUUUCUAUUUUUUUUAUAUAAUCUGAAGUGUACUUGUAAAAAUAGUUAGUCUUGUCUUGUCCAUCUUGGAACAUAAAGUUGCAACUUCAUGGUUUAUGAGAACCUGUAAUUAUUUUAUUCAGCAUUGAAAUCCUUGUCAGGGAGUUUUCAAUGCAGUGGUGGACGCUCAGUCUUCCGUUCGCUAGUCGUGGCCUGAUGUCUGAUCAGUCAGGCUGUUGGUGAUCGCUCAAAAAAAUCUUCAGUAUUACUGUCGGCAGACUUCUUAACAAAUACCUCCAGUGACUAGAAUAUUGAGCUAAGCUUUAGUAGGCCGCAUGACAGUUACUGUCAAAGGCAUUUUUUCGAUAGACACUUAGCCUUCUGUGUGUUUUUGUGUGUGGGUGGGGGAGCUGCUUAUUUUGAAAGAUAUUUUGGUUAUGCCGCGGUGCCCUCUGCCCCAGCUAUUUCGGGAUAGAGAUUCGAUUGUACUAGUCUCAAACUUCGAGGCCUGGAGUCUAAAAGCCUAGUUGAAUCAACCUCACCGAGAUAGGAGACCGGGCACUUUCACAUUGUAUAUAGAACUUACAAAUAUAUAAGUGCACAUGUUCAGAGUUGGGAAUCAUUUCUAAAGUUUCCUUCAUCAGAAACAUCUUCAUCAAUACAAUGAAUUGAUGGAACUCCUGUUGAGAGAAAUUUAUCAGUUUCCUAAUGUUGUACAUGUUAUAUACACCAGACUCUGUACCAUAAGAGGAUGCAGAAGCCUAGUACCUAUAGGUACAGAUCACAGUAUAUAUAAAUCUUUCAUUGGGACAACGCUUCUCAGAGUCCCAAUGAAAGCUUGUUCUGUACAUGGUUUUCGUACCAGUGUAACACAGCAUUCUUAAAUCUGGCACCAGUUUCUGGAUUUUACAUCUGCGUUAAUGAUAAAUUUUUGAUCAGAAAACAUCCCAUCGGCCUGCAACGUGUGAUGGAGUAUCUUAACCCUGCCAUAGUCAGUCAUUAAGAUCUUCAUCACGUUUAGAAUUUAUGCGUCCAGGUAUUGGGUCAAGUUUGUCUUGCUUGUAUAUAGAACUGCUUUUAUUUUGUCUGUAUGCAUGCUAUGGAGAAUUAUCAUGCCCGUAGUGUGAUAAUUCUCGGUUAUUUAUUCAGAAUAAAAAAUGAA